AUGCGUCUGUUCCCCACACUCGUUGCAUGCCUUGUAUCCUUGGCAGGCGCACCGCGCGUGUUCGCCGCAAAAUCCUUUGCCGGUUCUAAUCUGUACUAUGCGGCUGGUCUCAGCUCUGAUGAACAGGAAACACUCUUCUCUGGCCUUCAAGAUGCAGGCGCCAAAGUCCUACGGGUUUGGCUAGACGCGGAAGAUAGCCCGCAGAAAAACACCACGUUCACCAGUUACCCUCCAUUAGAGUCAGACAAGCCUGGAUCGUGGGACGACACAGUGUUGAAUAAUCUGGACGAUGUCAUGUUCAACGCAAAUAAAUACGGCAUCAAGCUCCUCAUCUCGAUCCACAGCUAUAACGCUUUAGCCGGCAAGAACGAUUUCUACGGGCAGUGGUAUGGUACCGGGGACUUCUAUACGGACAAGAAUGCAAUCCAAUACUUCAAAAACCGCAUCGCGCAUGUUCUCGCCCACGUCAAUCCUCAUAAUGGAAAGACCUGGGCGGAGAGCUCCGAGUACAUUUUUGCAUUUGAAGCCCAAAACGAGGCUAUGCAUGACCAGGCCGAUCCAGAUGCUUUGACUGCUUGGCAAUGCACCAUGGGCCAAGCCAUCAAGGACAACCUCAAUGGCAACACUGGCAUCCUCGUGACAACUGGUGGAGGUGCUUAUCUUGCGAACUCUUUACUGGAUGCUUAUUUCAGCUGCAAGGCUCUGGAUAUGCUCGCAAUCCAUGCCUACGGAACAAGCGACUUUGCUACAGACCAACUCCAGCCAUACGUAUCCAAAGCCCAAGCCAGUGGCCAGAAGCUGAUCAUGGAAGAAUGGGGAGCCUGUUACUUUGACUCUGAGAACAAUAGCUGCCAGCAAUCACAGCCCCUGUCGUCCGACACUCGUGACAACAAUAUCAAGAAGUGGGCUGAUAGUAUCAGUGCAGCUGGUAUCCCUUGGCUAUAUUGGCAGAUCCUGCCAAAUGAAGACCCUCAUGAGGGCUGGGACUAUGAAGUCGGUAUCAACGGCGUGAAUUGGGAUGCACUCAAGGCUGCGGCUUCGAGCACUUCGUCCUACGAUGCAGCAUUUGAUUUCUCUGGUUUCUUGCUUUAA